AUGGAUGAGGACGAUUUCUGUAUAAAUGCUGAAGAGGAAUCAUUUCAUCCAAUAGAGGUCACUGAAGACCUAUGGGUUGUACCCAAGUGGAGAACUCCACCUGAUAAUCAAGCAACUAAUAUAAUUCUGAAUCCUGGACUAGCGUUUGCAGGAGAGCACCCAACUACUAAACUGAGUCUAUUACUCUUACAUGGCUGUAUAAAAGGAGGAGAAUACAUCCUGGACUAUGGCACAGGCUCUGGAAUUCUUUCAAUUGCAGCACUUAAGCUUGGUGCUGCGUUUGCUGUUGGAAUUGAUAUAGAUUCUCAAGCGAUUGCAUCUGCAUCUCAAAAUGCGACCCUAAACAAUUUAGGACCGGAAAAAAUGCAACUGCAUCUGGUACCUGGAAAAAAAACCUCCCUUCAUGCGGCUGUAGAAGGAAAAGACAGAUCUGAGAUAGAAGUUGCUGCAGAAGAGAAUAAGUAUGAUGUGGUUGUUGCAAAUAUACUCUUAAAUCCUCUACUAGAUCUUGCAGAUCAAAUUGUCUCUUGUGCAAAACCUGGAGCAAUUAUUGGUCUCUCUGGCAUUUUAUGUGAACAGAUCCGAUACAUCAUAGAAAGAUAUUCACCUUUCUUGGAAGGCAUAGCAGUGUCGGAAAUGGAUGGUUGGGCUUGUGUUAGCGGCAGAAAAAGAAGUAAUUUGGAUGUGUGCUAACAUCAUCUUUGAUGCAAGAUUGCAAGUGGUGGGAGACAUCUCUGACCUGCCAUUUACUGGUGACCUGCAAAAUUUGGAAAAAAUUGCAUUGAGAUCCCCUAGUUGCAUACCUUGAAUUGCUCUUUGAACAUUUAUUCUUUCAAAAUAUAUAUAUGUAUAUAUAAUUUCAAUCAUUUUUCCCUCUUCUAAUUUGUAAGACAUGCACAAUGUAUUGCAACAGUAAUUCUUGAAUCCAAGUGGGGCCUAACAGAACAGAA